CUCCACCGCUCCCCCGCCGCCGCCUCGCCUCCCGGCCUCCCUGAUGCCGAGGGAUGGAUAGAGCGGCUGCCCUGCGAGCCGCCGGCAUGCUGGAGAGGAAGGAGCGGAGCGGCGGCGAGGCGGCGGGGCCGCGGGGCUUGCCGGCAGUGCGGAGCACGCUGCAGCAGUGCGGGCUGCUGCAGGACCUCAUCGACAUCUCGCUCUCCAACCUGCGCGGGCUCCGCACCAAGUGCGCCGCGUCCAACGACCUCACGCAGCAGGAGAUCCGCACGCUGGAGGUGAAGCUGAUUGACUACAUCCACCGGCAGCGGCAGUGCAAGCUGAGCGUGCCCCUGAGCGACCGCACCGCCGAGCUCAACAGCUACCCCCGCUUCAACGACUGGCUGGACAUCGUCAACGUGAGGAAGGAGGUGGUGCAGAGAAUACCAGAGGAGCUGACCCUGGAUGCCUUACUAGAAAUGAAUGAGUCAAAGGUGAAGGAAACAAUGAAGAGAUGUGGAGCCAGAGAUGAGGAGUGCUCCAGGCUCAACGGGGCCCUGAGCUGCCUGCGGAAGGUGACGGAGUCAGGAGGGGAGCUGAAGGAUGAUGUGCCGAUGGCCCUGCCCGAGCGCCGGGACAGCUCCUGCUCGCAGCCGGACCCCGCCUGGUCCCCGUGUGCCAAGGGCAGCCAGCAGCAGCCGCGCUCCGUGUCCGUGUCCACGGCCCCGCCCUGCGAGCCCCCGGCCCCGGGCCACGGCCCCUGUCCCUCGGCAGAGACCCUGCUGGAGCCGUUCGUGCUGCCCGCGGCCGGGGGCAGGCCCAGGACUCCGCACAGCAUCACCGUCACACCCCCGGCCACGCCGCAGCCCAGGCGCCGGCACCGCCUGAAGCCGCCGCGGACGCCGCCUCCCCCCUGCCGCAAGGUGUUCCAGCUGCUGCCCAACUUCCCGACCCUCACCCGGAGCAAGUCCCACGAGUCUCAGCUGGGAAACAGGAUAGACGAAGUUCCUCCAAUAAAGUUCGAGCUCUCCCAGGGAUCGCCCCAGACGGUACGAAGAGACUUCGGCCUGGCUGUGACUCACAGGUUCUCUACAAAGUCCUGGUUAUCUCAGAUUUGCCAAGUGUGCCAGAAAAGCAUGAUGUUCGGGGUGAAGUGUAAGUACUGCAGAUUAAAAUGUCACAACAAAUGUACUAAAGAGGCACCUGCUUGUAGAAUAUCCUUCCUUCCCAUAACAAAAAUAAGAAGAACAGAGUCUGUCCCAUCUGAUAUCAACAAUCCAGUAGACAGACCCACAGAACCCCAGUUUGGAACUCUCCCCAAAGCACUAACUAAAAAGGAUCAUCCACCAGCAAUAAAUCACCUGGACUCCAGCAGUAAUCCUUCUUCUACAACCUCAUCCACUCCUUCUUCUCCAGCACCUUUCCAGUCUUCCAACCCUCCCAGUGCAACGCCGCCCCCAAACCCAUCCCCCAUGGGCCAGAGGGACGGGCGGUUUAACUUCCCAGCUGCCUACUACCACCUUCAGCAUAGACAACAGUUUAUCUUCCCAGAAAUUCCCAUUCCUGCACAAACAGCACAGCCUCCAGAAAACGCUGCAGACACUAACGCUGCCCAGCAGCCGGGCACGGGCGGAGGCGCAAGGGAAGCACAGGUGGAGGAACCAGAGGCGAGUAAGUCGGAGCCCGAGGACGAUGAGGAUGAGGUGGAGGAUUUGCCCAACCGGCGGCCGCACCUGCAGGGGAUGAUCUACCGCAAACCCAGCCAGACCAGCGUGUACCUGCAGGAGUGGGACAUCCCCUUCGAGCAGAUCCAGCUGGGGGACCCUAUCGGCCAGGGCCGCUGGGGCAAGGUCUACAAGGGCAAGUGGCAUGGGGAGGUGGCCAUCAGGCUGCUGGAGAUUGACGGCAACAACCAGGAUCAUCUCAAGCUCUUCAAGAAGGAGGUGAUGAACUACAGGCAGACCCGGCACGAGAACGUGGUGCUGUUCAUGGGAGCCUGCAUGAACCCCCCUCACUUAGCAAUCAUUACCAGCUUCUGCAAAGGAAGGACACUGCACUCCUUUGUGAGGGACCCCAAGAUCUCCCUGGACAUUAACAAAACCAGGCAGAUAGCACAGGAGAUCAUUAAGGGCAUGGGGUAUCUCCACGCAAAGGGGAUUGUACAUAAGGAUCUGAAAUCCAAAAAUGUCUUCUAUGACAAUGGGAAAGUUGUGAUCACCGACUUUGGAUUAUUUGGAAUUUCGGGUGUGGUUCAGGAAGGAAGGAGGGAGAAUGAACUGAAGCUGCCUCAUGACUGGUUGUGCUACCUGGCCCCUGAGAUUGUCCGUGAGAUGGCCCCAGGGAAAGAUGAAGACAAGCUGCCUUUCUCCAAAGCUGCAGAUAUCUAUGCUUUUGGGACCGUGUGGUACGAGCUCCAGGUGCGGGAAUGGCCGUUCAAGAGCCAGCCUGCUGAGGCUCUCAUCUGGCAGAUCGGCAGCGGCGAGGGAGUGAGACAAGUCCUUGCCACUGUCAGCCUGGGCAAAGAAGUCAAUGAAAUCCUCUCGGCCUGCUGGGCCUUCGACCUCAGUGAGAGGCCCAGCUUCACUGUCCUCAUGGAAAUGCUUGAAAAACUGCCAAAACUGAACCGCCGGCUCUCCCACCCAGGGCACUUCUGGAAGUCUGCUGAGUUGUAGCUACUGGUGCAAUAACGGGCUCCACCUUGCAUGCUUCCAUGUGUCGUAUCCUAACCGGCAACUUGGACAAUCACCUUCCAUUAAAAAAGCAAAAACAAACCACGAAAUUAACCCAUGGACAUAAUCAACACUUUAUCCGAGUUCUCCUCUCUGCCUUUCGCUUGGUGUGGGCUGUAGCUUCAAUAACCACUCCUGUCUGCGAGACCUUCCUGGCUAACACCGGGCUCCUGUGCCUCUGGAGCGCCCCAGAAGCUGUGACUCCUCCCGGGAAGGGCGCAGGGACCCGCUCUGACUGACCAGGUGCACACGACAGCCAGGGCCGGCUGUGCUGCCCGCAGGCCAGGGCUGUCCCCAGACGGCUGCGCCUCGUGCGCGUCCCCCGAGGCAGCCCCCAGCCCCUCCGGGGGUGUCCUUAGUGCUGGAGCUCUGCGACUGAAGGUGACAGGGGCAUUGUCACAGCACUUGCACUGCACACCAGCAAGAGCUGAGGGCCACGUUGGGCUGGUUCUCCCUCGGGCCCAGAGCCAGGGUCAGUUUUGUCAGGGCCAAUUCUUGAGUGGAAAGAAGGACGGUCCUUUGCCCACUGAGAACCAGGCCAGGGGCAGUGUCCAGAGCAGGCCCACGUGGGUCAGCUGGGAUCAACUACAGAGCUGCAUAAAAGAGGAGGAAAGCAAGAGCACCCUUCAGCUCCUCCUCCCCUCACAGAUCUAGUACCUGGAAUGUUACGGUUUGCUUCUGUUUACAUCCCCUGGUCAGCAGAAUGACUCAAUGCAGGGCCUUGGCAGAGUCACACAUACCACAGCACACAUGUGCCUUCUAGAAAAGGUCUUUUUUCACUGGUUUAGAGCAGAGAGCACAGGGACAGAGGAGAACACACACCAAGGCGGUUUCUGCUGUCUGAGAGCAAGCUCCCACAUCCAUUCCCUGUGUCUCCUCAGGAAAGCUCUGAGCUGAAAGUGCUUCUGGCUCUGCCAGCAGUGUGAGAGCAAGGAGAGCAAACACCUUUAUGUUUUUGCAGAGCCUGUGGAGGAGAAAUGGGUUUGGGUUUGUUUUAUUGGGGUUUUUAAACCUAUUCGUGUACCUUGUCAAAACUCCCCUUUCUCUUACAAAGAAAAUUCUGUCUUGUCAGUUUUUCCUUCCCUCCUACUUCAAGGGAAGCAAGUGCCCACUGAAAACCCAGUGUCAGGCUUCUACCCAUGGUAGAGACCUGGGAAAACUUCCUGCUCCUUCCCCUUGGACAAAUCAGAUUGUGCUGUUUAUUCCCACUAAUGAGGUUUGCAUGAGUAACUUCAUGUGUUUGCUGCUGAAUUACUUGAGCAUCUCUUGGGUGAUCUGAAGUGAUACAAGAGCAGAACCAAACUCAUUUCAGUUCCUUUGAUAGAGUGGUAGCUUUGCAAGAUGAAUUUUCAGUAACUGUCUCCCCCUCCCUUCUCCUCUCCCUCCCCACUCUUUGCAGCAUUAACAGUAGCAAAGUUGUCCUGCGUUUUGAAAGAUUUGGCUUGGGAAUCCUGGAACCGAGUAACCCAAAGCUCUAGCCCGGUGUCAUUGUGACCAUGUUGGCUGCCUGCUCCCACACAGCACCAGAAACCCUCCCUGGCUCCUCCACGCCGAGGCUGGUGCAGCCCCACUGAAGACCAUCAGCUCAGCCCCGUGUCCUGCCUGAGCACCAGCAGUUAUUUAAAUAAUGUUUACAUGAUACUUUUGUGUGAACUAUAUUUUUUUAAACAUAAUAAACAGUGAAUCAAGUUGAACUACAGCCAUUCUCAAAUAGCACUGAAAAAGAGAAGAGCUGUUCCUGGUUCCUCCUUGUGUCCGUGGUCAGUAGGAGCCACUCUCUGCCUUCAGAGCGGGUCCCCCCUCGCAGCGGCACCACUCGGUGCGGAACAGCGACGUGGCUCGUGCGAGGCAUUGGCCUUCCAGAGGUCAGUUCUUUCCUGAAGGUAGAACCCAGCCUGCUGCACUGGGACUUGCCCAAACCACGCAUUGUUUCAGCAGGGCUGGUCCAGCUUUGGGUCACCCUGAAUUCAGCUACACCAGAACAGAGCUGCUGCGGGGAGAGUGUCUGGCCAUGGGGGCUGCGUCUCAGUAAAUGACUCAAGUGCUCUUCUCCACAGAAUUCACACUAAAAUCUGCUCCUUCUCAUACAAUCCCAGAGGAAUUAAGAAUUGCUGGCCUUAAAAAAAUAAAUCCAUGACUUGUCACAGCUCUGCACAGGGACCAAAUUAAUUUGAAGUUCAGGCACAAGUUCGAGUGCAGGGAAAGGCAAGAGAGACAGGACCAAGGAAAAGCUGUCCCUAAAUAAUGAAUUAACUAAGGCCUUGAUGCACAGAGCUUCAGAGCCAUUGCACACACACAGUGUUGCCACUGCCUACAGUUGGUCACAACUAAAGUAGUUGCUUUGAGGAAAAAGCUCCUUAAAAAUAGCAGAAAUCUUGUAACCAAGAAGGCAAUAUCUGGGCCUGGAGGCUCUUCCUGACCCCAACAGCUCAAACUUGUUUCACAGAUUAGUUUUAAAAUCAAAAUCCACACCCUCCCCCCCUCUGCAGUGCACAGUGUGGAGGUUGUGGAGGUGGCAGCCAGUGACCACACUGAGGCGACAGAUGCAUUAUCCCCCUUGGAAAUCAACUGCAGGCCCUGUUACCAGGGGCUCCCCUUACCCCACCGUCACCCCUGAGGCUCGAGAGGAGCUCCCAGAUCCUCUGUGAGCAGGCAAAGCACCAGCCCUCCGUUUGGCUGCCUGCGUGAGGAACUAAGUGGCACAAAACCCGAGUUCUGUUGAGCAGAGAGCCUCCUGUGUGCAAGUCAGUUGUAGCCUCUUAAAAGUGUUAAGAAAGACUUUAUAAAAGAGCCGAUGGGUUCGGCAUGGCCAGACCCUGCAGUGCUGUCCUGAUCCCCUCUCCCCUCCCACGUUAAAGGCACGGCUGUGGCACCAUGCCCCGGGGCUCUGCCGGGCUCUGCUGCUUGUUCUCACUGACGGUGUGUCAGCAGCCUGAAGCAGGAGUUGUUUUCCUCCGAGUGCUGCUUAAGUAAGAGCAGCACAACACAAACCCAAAGAAAGGAGGAAAGAUGCUGCCCCUCGGCUGGAACCCUGGGUGGGUUUCCUGCCUUAGGGAAGGAAGGGCAGGAGCUGCUGGCGGAUGCGGACUGGCCCUUGGCUCAGUCCGUGUCCGAGGGCAGCAGUGGCCUCGGGGUGCUCCUCACUCAGUUUUUGGGUGCAUAAAGCAGGCUCUGAGAGCUGGGACACCCAGACCGUUCUGUGUGGGAUCAGGGGCCGUGGUUCCCUCUGUCCCUGCCGCAGCUGCCCUCCCGCGCAGUCAGGGCCUGUCUGUGGAGCCCCUUCUGUCCUGCCGUGCCCCGGGUCAGGGCGCUGGACACUGUGGGAUGUGCCCUGCUGGGAGCACUCCGUGCUCCGGUCCUGGCCCAGGGGCUUGUUCACAGCCUGCCUUUAGCGGGGAGAUGCGGACUGGAAUCCAACCUGACCUGGCUGGUGUGUGGGACACCCAUAAAUUGCCCUUGAACACAAAGCUCACCCUCUGCCCCAGUGCAGCCCGCGGGAGAGUCCGACGGCCUCUGUGGGGUCAUUGUUGUUUCGGUCAGCCAGGGGCGCUCGGCCGGCCCGGCGGGGCCCUGCGGCUGAGGGGCACGGAGCUCUCGCAGCCCCGCACACCAAGCGACAGUCCCUGGGUUGUGUUUGUGUCACACGUCCCGCCCCGAGCCCGUCCCGGUGGAGCUGUCAAUGUGACAAUGCUGUGCAAUGCUGCUACAGGAGCCACACGUCAGUAGUGAAUGUAAAUGGUCGUAACAUGGUGAACAUGGACACGUUUUCUUUUCAAAUGUGAUGUAAACUUUGUACAGUACAAAUUUUUUUUUAUAUUUUCUAUGAACUGAGUGUCUUCCAGAAUUGCUAUUAAAUUAAUUACAAACUGUUAGGAUUAACAACAGUUUCUGUAUUAGUUUAUGAAACCAGCAAAAAAAAAAAAAAAAGAAAAAAAAAGAGUGCGUUCUAUGCUACUGGAAUUCUGGAUAUGUAGGAAUCUUUUCAGUGAAUAAAUCUUUGGUCUGGAUAAAGCAGA